CCUACACCUGCGGAAACGCCCUUCUGGUCUGCUCGGCAGUUGAAAACUGUCGAUCGCGUACCCAUCGCGCCUUACUCGUUAGAGAAUAUGAAAGGAAGCCGCGACUUGAAAGUGUUGGUGGAAACCAAGAUCAAAAAGUCCUCUAGUUGUACAACGCCGCUCGAUGUGAUGGGGCGAACAGGUGGCGCUGAUCCUACUACAGGUUCAACAUUUUUAGGCGGUCCCAGUGUUCCGCAUCUCGAAUCUACAACAGCCUCGGGCUAUCAGUCUGGAGGUGAACAAACGGAAACGCCUUCAGCAUCUUCAACAAGUAGACUGUUGCCUCCGCACUUGCGAC